CCUGUCUGCUCUGAAGGCCCGUUUGUCCUGCUGGGUUCCUCUGCUCUGCUCUGCUCUGCUCUGCUCUGCUCCACCUUUGGUUCAGGUGGAGGUGUCUGCCGGCCGCCUGUAGGGGCUGCACCUCCGCCGUCUCAGGUGGCCUGGAAACCCCCAUCUGCCCCCUGCAACACGCACUGAAGGCUUUAUUUUUGGAGCGGCCGCGGGCACUGUGGCUCGCUCCCUGAGCUCCAGUUCACUCCGGGAUGAGACGGCCCUGCGGCACCCUGAGCCGGGAUUAACGAGCAGGGAGCAGUUUGUCCCGACAGCCGCUCGCUGAAGCCAAACCAACAAAACACAAGCAACCCGUUUCCACCUCAGGAGUGUGAAAUGCUGAUGGAAGUCAGCUACAGUAACGGGCUGGAGCCUGACCUUUCCCAGCAGGAUCCUCCACCCUUACUGCCAAAACCGGGCAAGGACAACGCAAGGCUUCAGAAACUCAAGAAGAAGAGAGCCAAGAAGAAAGGCAGCCUCUCUCAGACGCCCAUCCCCUUUCGCUCCUGUUUGUCGCCUGUCAACGAAGCGAGCACAGACCUCGAGCACAGCGACCAGUCCAGCCCACCAGAGUCGGUGUACAUUGCCGACCCCUCGGUGUCCAGUUUCCCCUUUGGCUCCUUGUACGAUCACUCUGCACCUGCAUUCCCUCCUCCUCAGAGCAGCCCUCAUGUUCAGACUGUUAGCUUCCCCCCUCCGUCCUACGCAGCUCAGAUCAGGACUUCAGAAGAUCAGGUCGCUCCGCUGUACGAGUGUUCCUCUUUCCUAUUCGACGAGGCGACUCCUUUCAUGAUGCCACCUGAGCAGGUUGCAGCGCCGCCUCUCCCUCCUGCUUUCACCUUAAACAUGACACCAAAUUCCCAUGGGUCAGUCUCAACAGUCGCUGUGUCGCAGCCCGGCCCUAAAAUAUCAACUCACAGCAUGACCCUAUCCCCAGCCGCCCCCAGCUGUGGCCCGACACCUUCUCAAGUUGCAGGCCUACAUCCACUUCCAAACACUCAACCUUUAUUUCCCAGCCAGAGGGAGACAAACGCCGCCUCAAAGGAUGACCCUCCCAGCCAGACGUCCACUCUGACUGCCAGACACACCAGUAAUGGCAGCUUUGCUUUAAGCCAGAUGCCCCCCGAAAUAACUGCCUCAAAAAUAUCACUUGUUGAAGCAGUGACGGAGACGAGGCCAGAAGCCGCACCGGCCAGGAUUUAUACAUCAAAGGCAACAUUUUAUGAGAUCUCUAAACCUCCCUCUAUGCAGGACCUCUCAGUAACAAACCCAACCUACCAGGGAGCAUCGUUAUCUGCAGCGUACAGGGAGAAAACUGCUGUUUCAGUGCUAAAGACUGAUCAUUCUUCCUCCUGGACUCAGUGUGGAAGACCUAAGACUCCCUCGUGCACACCAGCUCGAGUAUCUACACCCAUUUUUGAAAUCUCAAAACCGAACCCGCUUUUAUUUGCUGCAAGUCCUGCUUUCAACUCAUCCCAAGACCUCCAAGCUCCUGCAGUUCUCAAGGAGGCUCCGAGACACAAACCAGCGAUUCAAGCUAGCGCCACAGGAGACAGGAAGCAGCCUGAUGUUAAUAACAUAGCGACCAUCAAACAAGCCAGCAACUACAAAGAGAUACAGAUUCAAAAUACACGAAGGAGUACAAUAAAUCUGAGCGUUACCAACAAUGAGCUGUACCAAGGAGAGAACACAGCUGCUCCUGACUUCACUCUGGUCAAACCAACUCCAGCAGAACCCGUCACCCUGAAUCUAAAAACAGACCAAGUUUCAGAAAACAAAGCUUCAUUGUUGCCAAAAGUUCCAUCAUUUCUUUCUGUACCACAGAAUCUAAACCAAAUGCCAACACCUUCGAGUCCGAGCCCAGCAUUCUCAAACUUUCGUCCUCCUGUAAUCGAUGCUCGCAAGUCUUUGACGUCACUAUUGGAGACUCAGAUGUCAUUAGCAAACUCAAAGCCCAAAUCACGGUCUACAUAUUAUGGGCUCACUCCAGCUCAGUAUGCUGCUUACGGUGGAAUUAAGAGCGCCGCAUCACAUCACAGCCCUGUACCCCAAAGGAUUAAUGAAGCCUCUCCAGACAAAACCCACCAAAACGAGUCUGUAGAUGGAUCAAAGCCUGAAAAACAUCUCAACGGGCACGAGGAUCUCCCCUCUUCAGUUCACAGUUCACAACCUGUGUCACCUCCAGAGCAUUCAGAGCUUCCAGCUGAGCAGAUCGUCACAUGUAGCACAGAUGUCUGUCAGGAAAGUCAAUCUGAAGCUCACAGUAUUGGAAUACAAUCACUUAAAACUACUAACGAGGACACAAUAAAAGCUGAGCUUCCUCUCAGCUCGGCUCAGAAAACAAUGCAACAAUCCACAAGUGAUGUAUCCCCACCAAAAGCCUCUUACUCUGAGGCUCCAAUACCAAUACCUAAAGCAGGUGAGGUACACACACAAAGUGCGGCACAGUUUUCUAUAGAGGCAGCGCUAAAAACUAAUCCAACGCUGACUGAUAGCAGUGGCCUGUCGAGUUCUUCCUCACCCGUAGUGAAAACAGAUUUAAAAGCAGAAACGCAGCAUGAAGCAAAAGUGAUAGGCAACCCUGAUAAAACAUUUCCAGUUUCACAGCGGAAUAAAAAACCUACAGGAGAACCCACAAUUCUAAAUGCAAAUGAACACAUAACUCCAGUCCAAACUUACCAAACUGUUGGUGGAGUCAUUCCAUCAACAGUUCAUGGUCUCAACGCUCAACUCACUGCCAAGCCUGUUCAAACCUUAGCUAACAGCCCAAACUUGAUUGUCCAAACUAAUGCCACAAAGUUAGAGGCCAAAUUCUCAGAUAAUACCACAAUAAAUAGUCCCUUCAACUUAGGACCACAACAAUCCAACAAACUGGUUUCAGAAACCCCAAUAAAGUCCAGUAAGGUCUUGCACAAUCAAAAGGAAGAGGUUUACCAGCAAAUCAAAGUAAGCAGUGAGGUUAUUCUGCCCAGUAAGACAAACAUGGGGAACAUUUUGCCUUCUAUUGCUGCUAAUAUGGAACAAAUCAUUGAUAAUACAAAAACAGAGCCCCAAUUCAUGAAUAAUCCCUCUAAUGAACCAAUUAUCGCCAGCAGAGAAUCCUUGUUGCCACAUGAGCCAGUCACAGCAUCGGUAUGUUCUGCACACUACAGUAUCUGCACUGUAUCUUCAGCUGAGAAAAAGUUUAUACAACCAGUCAAUGCCAUCUACAGUACUGUUCAAACUUUAGAAAAUAACAUCAGUUUCCCUCCAUCAAGUGCACCAAAUAUACCUUCUGUAAAUACUAUCUUACCAGGUAAACCAACCACACAGACUAAACUACCCACCCUACUUGCUUCUGUACCCAAAUCACCCAAUUUCUCUGACAUCAGAUUCUCUUUAAACUCCUCAAACAUGCCAAAAAUUGAGCCUAAAAUGCCAAUAAAUACUAGCGAGAAUAUACUUGUAAACACACAAACUAGUACUGGUUCUGCUGGCCAAGGAACAAGUUUGUACACAGACUCAAGCAGAACUGCACAAGCAACUGAAGCUACACUUAAAACUGAAGACACAGAAAAGUCGAGUAAAGUAAAUAUAGAAGGCAAACUCCCAAAGCUUAUGAACACUGACACUAACAGAAUUAGAAGCUCAGCAGUAGACAAAGAUGUGGAUCCACAGCUCAUCACUGAAAGAAUAGGUUUACUGCCAUUAGAGCAUCUUUAUGCUGCACCUGUCAAAGCAGAAAACAUCCAAACGAAGUCUACUGUAGAAACAAAACCAGCUGCUUCUAGUAUUUCAAAACGAAACACCACAAGCAGCGAAUCCAAAUUAUCCAACAAACCAAACCAACUGAAGUCUUUAACAGGCACUGGUCCGCCUGGACAACCAGGAAGUGUAGAAACUAUUCAACAUGAAGCUGCACAGUCAAAUAAAUUCAGUUUGGGUGGAAAUAUUCACAAUAUUCUAUCAGUUGAAACCAAAUUGUCCAACAGACUUCACAUGGAAACUAUCCCACCAGUGACUGCAGACCCAGCAGAAAGCAGUAAACCAACAUUUAAUACUGCGCAGGUUAGUAAACCUACAGUGCCUUCUAGCCCUACCAUGAGGCAUGUUGCACCAGAAAGUCCUGUAACAAAGCCAGCCAUGAGUGCAAAAUCACUUUUAGGUUCUGUUGAUGGUAAAGUAAUUGCUGAGAACAGAUCACCUGAGACACCUGGAUACCAAAUUAGCACUAAAACUACUCUAAAAGAAGAACAUUCUUUAAUUCAGCCAAUUAUAGACAAUAAAGCUUUAGCAAGUCCACACAUGAAAGCAAAACAUUUGGUAGCAACUAAGACAGAAACAAUGACCUCCAUCUCUAAUACAUCUGGCAUGAGUGUAGACCAGCAAACCAGACAAACAGCAAGUCACAUGACAGGAAGUAACACUCAGACAUCAGUGAAGCAGUUUACUGAAACAAAAAGAUCUACUGAAACCAACAUUCAUACUGUAAACACUCAAACUCUCUCACAUGUUGCUUUAAAUAACCAUCCUGCUAUAAAUAUUCAGCCUCUCAGUGAAGCCACCAGAGAUUUUAAAGUCCCUCUGAGUCCUGCAGCUACAACUAAACCUUGGAAUGCAACAAGAGCAUCACCUCUACUCCAGCCAAGAGUGUGUCAUACGCCUAAACAAGCCUAUACCCCGACCUUACCCCAGUCCUCUCCAACUCCUGUACCUUUAAACCAUUUGACAGAAACAAAACCAGCAUCAGUCAUAAUGAAAGAUCAAAUAAAUCCUCCUGUUACACCUGUUCAAAAUAAUGUACCUACAGUUCAGCCGUCUGCGAAGACAAUCACUGAGAAUAUCGCAAAAGCAGAAAUAAAACCACCACCAACAGCCCCUGAGGUUAAAGAACAUUCCCAAAUGCAACUACUAAAGAAUAUUCUAGGAUUAAAUUCCAGUAAAGGAGGAAAACUCUCCUCACUGAACACUGAAGCUAAUGGUCCCGCCAGUCCAGUUUUAACUAGUAAACCUAAUUUAAAACCCAAACCUCCUGCUAAGCAAACAGAACCAAGACCUCCCUCCACUACAGUAGAAACAAAACCCCCAGUUCUAUCUACCGAAUCCUCAAAGUCUCUCCCUGAUCCGGCCCAGGUUAACUCACAUACCAGUAAUGAUCAGCCUCCGACAGAGAAACCAGUAGAGAGCAUUUCCCCCUCAAAGCCAGAUACUGUCAUGAAAGCCUCCAUAGUUAAAGCCGCUGUGAUUGAUUCUGCCACUCCUGCCUCUCUGCCUCAGGCCUCAGUCUCAGUCAAAGCUCCGUCCCCAAACAGAGGAACGUCACCACCAUCUCAGCCAAAAACUGGGCUCAAAGGCAAGGACGUUCUGAAGACCAAAGCUACAGCAGCGCCGACGGACGCCCAACCCUCCACGAAGUCAGCGACAUCAACUGCAUCUUCAACUACUGACAAGAAGGCCGUCACUAUGGAGACGCCACCGGCACUGGCUGAGCCGAAGGCGACCCAGAAGCCCAAAGGCCUGAAGGCUAAGCUCAGCGGGUGGACUCGGCUGAAGAAACACAUGGUUGUUGAACCGGAAGAGCCACAGUUUCCGGAGCCGGAGGCCAAACCUCAGGCUGAACCCAGCGGCGGCAGCAAGGAGAAAACGGAUCAUGUCGAGCUGUCAGCUGAUCAGCAAUUAAAUCAGGAGGUGAUCAAGAACAAACAGGGUCCCAAAGCGUUGAAGAUGUGGGACGCACUCCUGUUUCAAAUGUUCUCCACCAAAGAGCGAAUCAUGGACCAGAUCAACGCCACCAAGAAAGACUUGGACACCAAAAAGUCCUCGAAAGAAAAUCAGGCCGAAGUUCCUUCUUUUGUGAACCGCCUGCCAAUUUUACUGUACAGCCCUCGAUUUGAUGCCAGGAAGCUGAAAGAAGCAGCAGAGAAGCCGCUCACGAGUAUAGCGGCAGUUUUUGAGAGGGGGCUGAUAAAGCGUAAAUCUCAGGAGGACGAACGGAAGGACUUCAACAGAAAGGCCCGAGGAUUCGGCUCAGCAAAAACUACCGAUGGGACUAAAGAGUGAAAAGUGAUUUUGUCUGAUGUAGAAAGAUGCUGUGAUCUCAGAUAGGACGGCUGCAUAGAAACAUGAAGGAAUUGUGAAAAAAAAUUUGAAAAAAUUUAACUAUUUGUGGAUUUCUGUGAGAAAAAAAUUUAAAAGGAUUUUUUUUUUUUAAGUCAAGGCUGCAGUGAGGAGGCAAAUUAUUCUGGAAGGAAAAAGAAUUACCCUGACGUGACUCGAUGCUGGAGCUAUGCCAUGGUGUUUAAAUUUAGGUUUUGCUGAGAUAAAAUUAAUUAGCUGGUGUAAAAGUUACCUUUUAAAGCACUUAGUGGUCAAGUGGUACAGCUUUAAUACAAAGGUGCCAUAUUUGCACUUUUAAUAAAAUCCAAUUAGAUAAAAAAAUGAAAUAAGGAACAUUAGAUAUUCUUCUCUCCUUGGUUAGAUUAGUCUUUUCAUUUGAUGAAGGCCUAGAAGUAGCGCUGAGUGCACGUAGCUCCUGUAGAUUCUUUUAAUAGAUUGUUUUAUUUUUUCGUGCUCGACCUUUUUCUAUUUUUCUAAACAAAGUAAGGCUUUUAAUAUGCACCGCUGGUAGGCUGGUAGCAUUUAAUCUGUGUAAUAAAUAGAGCUUUUACAUUCCUGGAACAACAGGGCAGAUGGGUUUCAUAAGAAGGUAAACGGAGAUGGGUUAAGGGUGAAGGUCAGAAUAAAUUUAGGUUCCUGCAAGUUGGGUGUGAAUAGAGGGUGAUGGCUGUACGAUAUGAGGAUGGGAAUAUGGAAAAAAAAACAUGCUUGGCAUAAAGGUGCAACUCUUAGGGCUAAGCUCAUGUUUUUGGCCAUGCUAGCAAGUCUGGAAGUGUCAGUGCCUGUCUGUUGGGCCACCAAUUUGGUCUUGAUUGAAACAGCUUUUGUGGUUUGACAUUAAAUUUCAAACAUUUAGACAUUUUUGGUUUUGGGUGAAACAUCUUGACAUCUGUCGGAAGCAUCUGAAGGUCAAACUUGACAAUAAAUUCUCAAAACUUUGUACUGAAAUUUGUCCAAAGGGGUAAAUAGCUGCUAAAUUAAUGUCUUACUAUUUUAGCCUCAGCUGUACUUUAUGUUCAGUGCCAGUUCACACACCAUUGCUUGCUAAUAUACUGGAGUAAGACUGGGAACUUUUUAAACUUGCUAAACAUUAGCAUGUUAGCGCCGUCACAGUGUGUAGCUGUGCUGAAAUACAGAGUUGCUAGCAUGGCUGUAAACUGUUAAUGUCCAUUAGACUCCACAGUAAUGGGAGGAAAAGUCAGUCUGUAGUGUUUCAAAGAAAAUCCCCCUGCCUCCCAGAAAGAGUGAAUGUCGAUAAACUAAAACUUUUCCAGUGACGUGCUUCAAAUGUGUCAUUAAGUCAUGAAUGUAUGAAGGAUUUUAAACUGCAAUCCAAAAACACUGGAGAUUAUUUUCAUCCAACAAUGAGGACAUGAUUAAAUAUUUCCACCCGGAGUAAAAGAUAAACUGCUGUAGUUACUGAACUGUUUUGUUGGUGGAUGUUCUGAACAGCAUUAGAGUCUAGAUGUAUGUAGGAUGUAGCAGUGACCACCAGAGAGAAGAUGAAGAGGCCUGAUGUAGACGGACAGACUGAAGGACAAAGAAAUGAAAACAUUAGAUGUGUGAAGCUGGUAGCCGGUAUUAGGAUGUUUUAGUUGGGACUCUUUUGUUUGUCUCUAUUCUGGAUUCUAAGAAUGGUUGUUUUCCCAAAGAUCGUAAUGUGGAAUUUUUUUUCUGAGGGCGAUUGAACCCUCAUGAGCUGAACACAGCCCCAUUUAUUACACAGAUGCUUCACAUGUUUUUCUUCACUGUGUGAUUUUUAAAAAUGCAUAAAGUGUUGUGAAACUCU